GAAGACGUACGCUGCGUCACCGGUAGUGAGCCUCUGCUUGUUGUUGUGCCUUCUCUCCGCUGUCAGUGUUCCGUUUACAGCAUGUAGGGUGUCGUAGAGAAGGAAAGAAGAGCGCUGUGUGUUCUGACAUGCGUCUCUCUACCUUUUAUUUCUCCAAACAAGUUCGCCUACGUGUGAAUUUACGGAAAAUAUCAGUGAGUCCUGGGCGCCGCUGAUCAGCCUGGAGCCGCGCUGCGAUGAGCUGGAGUGUCCUGGACGAGGAGGGCUUCAGCCGCUGCUGCCGGCUCCUGGUGCAGCAGUCGCAGAGCCUCAGGGACGGCUGGAGCUGGGAGCCAGGCCAGGGCUCAGCAGAAGGCUACCUGAGGAAGACCACACUGAGGACGGCCGCCUUCACCUCCAGACCAGAGCGGGAGCCGGAGGGAUCCGGUGCAGCUCCAGAGCAGCACACUGCCCCCGGGAGAGCAGAGGAACCCUCACAGUCAGACCUGGCUGCCCCGGCUGCCUCAGGUGACGCUGAUGACUUGACAGGUGCUGAAGAUGAUGGUGCUGAUGAAGAUGACUGGGUUUGCAGGGCACCAGCAGAAAGCAGCAGCCGAGUGCUUCAAUAUGAAUAUCACGUUCUCUACUCCUGCAGCUACAGUGUGCCUGUGCUGUACUUCCGAGCCUUCACCCUGGAGGGGAGGAGUUUGUCUUUAGACGAGGUGUGGAGUUGUGUUCCUCCUCAGUACCGAGCGCGCCUGCAGCAGAGUCCCUGGAACACCAUCACACAGCAGGAGCAUCCCCUGCUGGGACAGCCCUUCUUCCUGGUCCACCCGUGCAGGACAGACGAGCUGAUGAGGCCUGUGAUGCAGGCGGCCCAGCAGCAGCUCAGGUGGGUGAACUACGUUGUGACCUGGCUGAGCAUGGUGGGGCCACUGGUUGGACUGGAAAUGCCUCUGAGCUACGCGGCCCUGUCCCCUCAGAGCCCCACAGCGACAGCAGCAGAGCAGGAGCCCAGCGAGGCCUGAGGAGCUCAUCACUCACAUUUCCCACAGUUCCCUGAACACAUCUCUGUUUCCAUAAAUGGUUCUUAUCCUGACAGCAGACAGUGAUGCACACUCACCAUUGCACAUUGUCAGUUUUUCUACAUCAUGUUUAAUAAGAUAAACCAAAUCUGCACUUUGUGUACAUAAUGUUAGCUACAUCUGUACAGAGUCACCCAUGUACAGUAUGUAUCACUUUCUGGAGAUCUGAUGAUGAUGUGAAAUGCACAUUUUGCACAUCAUGUAAAUACGCUGUAAAUUAACUUAUUUUUUUCUAUUCGCAUUUUCUUCCAACUUGUCAUAAAUUGCAGAAGAUACAGCAUAUUUUUCACUUAGUUUAUCCUUGCUUUACUUUUAUAUUACAGAGAUUUUCAUAAUUUUCUUUAUGUCUCAGCAACUUGUGUGGCUGUAAUUCAGUUUUUUCCAUGUGUGAUUCAUACAUCUCUGCACAAAUAAACCAGUUUUGAAACUGUCAGUUGCCUGUGUUUAGUAACCACAUUCUCAUCCUGUUACUGUUUGUAAUGUCAGCAUAUUUCACACUGCCCUGAUGAAUAAAUUUGAAUUAUGUAAAGCUAAA